AUGGGAUCUGGUGAUCUUCGUCCUCUAUUUAAUGAGCUUUAUGAAGAACAAGUGAAAGAUAGCGAUAAAGUUGGCAAAGGCAACCUGACAAUUUCUCGCAAGAUUCUCGUCCGAAUGCACACCUUUCUGGAUUUAUUCAUGAAACCUCGUGAAACUGACUUGUGGAAAAAUGUAGAGGAGGAAUGCCAUUCAGAUUACAGUGAUCCACAGUUCGUAAGAUUUACCUGGUCGUUAGCCUUAAAAGCUCUACGAACAGUGAAUACUCGGAAAGAUUGGAAUGAAAUGAAUCCUUAUUUUAGUCCAAAUAAAUCCGUUGACAAGACGAAAGUAAUGAGUUCGGCUAUCGAUUGGGACAAUACAUUAUUUCUGGACACUCCAAAACAUUUAAUUCGAAAUCAUCACGCUCUAAUGGUCUUCAAUUUGGUUUUAUGUGAAAAGCCGGAACUGCAGCAUGUACAUCUCUGUCCGGAUGGGUGUUUUGGCCGAUUGAAUACUAAAGAAAAGUGGUGGGAACUUGGAAACCCUUGCGAAAGAGCAAAUAACACUAACACUGAUCGAUGCUUUCCGAAACCUGAACAUUGGCCUGAAGUUCUUCGACGUUUAUGGAAGCAACUGGAAAAUCCUUACGAGCGCUUUGAUAAUGAUCACAUUUCUGGCGCGUUUUCUUGGCUAACUCGAAGUCAAGGUUAUCAGUGUGAUUGUAAAGAAGGAUUUCAGUGGAACAAUGAUGAAAGGGUUUGCGAAAAGAGUCGACAGACUCUUAAAAAAUGCGAUCCAAUCACAUUAGCUCCAUGCUCCCUUCCAGGUACCCAAGCCUGUACAUUAAAAGACUAUACAAAGGAAGCAGAUUGUCUAUGCCACGAACAAUAUACAGGAACUUUCUGUGAGAGAUUUAAGGAUCCCUGCACUGAUAUUAAAUUUAAUUUGACAUUCCACGACGGUCGAAAACUUAUUGACGUUACAGGAGAAGAGCUCUGUCAAGUCAACAUGGAUGGUAAAGCAAACGAGAAGGAGAACGUUGAGGUGAGACGCCAAAAGGAUGAAUGGAAAGGAACAGUUGUAACAGAAGUGCUCACCGUUCCAAGACAUUCGCGCUGUGUUGGUAAACCUGGAACAGACACGUACUACUGCCUCUGUAAACCACCCUUCUCUGAGGAUUUGACUCUGGAACUUCCUAAUUGUCUGCAUCAAGAGGGUUCUUGUGACACCAAGCUCUGUGUUCAUGGAACCUGCGUCACUACUCCCAAUCAUAGGGGCAAAGCUCUUUGUAUGUGCUAUGCUGGAUACGUGGGAACGGAAUGUGAUCAAAGGGAAGAAGAAUGGUCAGUAUGGUCAUCUUGCAAGCCCGUCUGUGGAAGAUUCAGAACUCGAACUCGGACUCGAUCAAUUCCAUCUCAUGAGAGGGGUGGCACACCCAUGGAAAUCCAGCAGGUAAGGAAGAUAAGUCUACAGAUUGAUUCAAAAUAUGUGCUUCCAGUAGGUACUUAUAUGCAUAAACUUUUCAAAAGUGCUUGUGAGGAUACUCUAGAAGGCUCUAGGAUACGAAAAUAA